AUUUAAGAAAACACUACUGUACAUACAUAAGUACAUACAUCGUACAAUAAUCGAAUGCCGGCAUAUAGUGGCAAUCAGUGGCAGUCAAUAUUUGAAUGACAGCGAAUUGUCCGUAGUGGAUGUUAACUUAAAUUUUUAGUUUGGCUUUUAUCGCUAGUUAUCUUUUAUUGUUUUGUUUCUAAAACUAUAAGGAUGCCAGCUGUUUUGCGUGUAAAACGGAGAAACGACGAUGAACCUCUGGAUGCACUUUUAAUAGCGUGUAAAAGACAGAAGUUAGAUGUUGAUGAAAAGGAUGAAAGCAAAAACGUACCUUUAACCGCUGUUGUAAAAUUUGCUGGUACUGUAAAGGAUCAGGAAGAAAACGUACUUGAGCAUAUUAAAAAAACUUUGAGUAAGGAUGAACUUACAGCAAAUUAUAAACAGCGCGUAGUGGAUAUUAAUUCUAAAGCUCGACAGGAAGCUAAACAAAUUUCACAGGAAAACCGUUAUAAAGUUGUGAGUUGCUUCCGUUCAUUGGAUACUGCAAAGAAUAAAGCGUUUGAAGAUAAGAUUACAACGGUUAUUGAUAUAGAGGAUACAGUCUCUUAUUCCCAUCCAGCACAAUCUUCAUCAGAGAAGAAUGAUGAUUAUGUGUAUGACUUGUACUACACGCAAGUUGAAGAUGACAUGUUGUUAGACCAUUUGGUGUCAGUACACCCUCUUAAUCAGGAAUUAGUUUUUGAUACAUACAGAGAACCAGGAGCAAAUACAGACAUCGAAUGUGAAUCUGAAGACUCAAAUUCAGAGUCAAAUUGGAGAAAUGAUUAUCCAGAUUCAGAUCAUUCAGAGGGAUCUGUUGGGGAGGAUGAUAUUAGAUCAGCUAUAAAGAGUAUAAAGCUUGAUGAUGAAGAAUCAGAUCUGUCCAGUGAAGAUGAUUUUGUUUAUGGUGUGGAUGAAGGUGAUGUUAAUAGUUUUGGCUAUAAAUAUGCAAAAUAUAAAGCUCGAAUAAAGGCACAAAUGGAAGAUAACGAUGUAAACAAUGAGGAUGAUGAUGGCAAUAACAGUCAAUAUAGCGGAGUAUAUAACUCUGACGAGCUUGAAGAUGAUUGAAUACCAACUAAUUUUGAUGUUAAUCAUUGUCUGAGAAAGUAUUAAAAUAUUUCUCUAAUACCGUUACACAUUGUUAAAACUUCCAAUAAAUAUAGUGCAAAGCAUAUUUAGUAAUAUAAUAAAUAUAUUUCGAAUAUUUACAAAAAAAACUCCAAGUUUUCAGUGAUGGCUUGACUCCAGAGAACAAUGAAGGUCAUGCAGAGAGAAUAGGUAUUUAUUGCAGAAUUUUAUUUGUAUGUUUAUAUAUUUAUUACAUAUUUAUAUAGAUAUAUCUUGUGUGUAAAAUCCAUCUAUCAAAAUAAAAACAAUAAAAGUAAGUCUACACGUCGAGAGUGUGACGAUGGUGAUAAUAUGGUGAUGACAAUGACAGUGAAGGGUGGAGUAAUGAUUGAAAGGAAAUUUAUCAGUGAACGUGUGUAUAUGCAGAUGUGGGUCUGUGUAACAAUGACAGUUUAUAUAAUGAUCAUAAUAACAAUAAUGUAAGAAAUUUGGAGUAUAUCGCCUACAAAAUUAAACACUUGGAAAUACCUCGAAAUUUGAAAAUUUCUCUAAGAAGCUGAGCUGAGCUGAGCUUCUUCUUAACGCGUAAUAUCAUCUCGUACACUUUGAUAAAUACGAUUUCGAGACAUUUUGAGUCGAAGAGAAACAAAAAAACGUUUUUUUUUUUUCCUAAUAAAACUUCAACAGAUAACUUC